AACUCACGGCUCGUAAUUUUGAACGCACGGCUGGAAGGAGUAAUUAUCAUUGUUGAGAUUCGCCUAUGUUCUUACAAACUCGCUCAGUAAUGGAUACGAAUUGCCUGUUGUCCAUUUGAAAUGAUCUGUUCUAUUAUUUUGGAAUAAACAUGAGUUCGCAUAUCAUCACUCCUGGGCCGUACCGAGCUACGAAGCUGUGGAAUGAGAUAACUCGUCUGUUCCGGGCCGGUAUGCCCCUGAAGAAGCACCGGCAGAACUUGAGGAAUUACAGUUCCUGCUUCACGGCGCUGGCUGCUGUGGACUGGCUGCACCAAAUGCUCUGCUGCAACAGCAACUUUGGUCCCGAUGUCACCCGACAGCAAACAGUCCAACUGCUCAAGAAAUUUCUGAAGAACCACGUGAUCGAGGAUGUGAAGGGCCGCUGGGGCACAGAGGACCUGGAGGACAACAACACACUUUAUAGGUUCCCGUCGACCUCUCCGUUAAAGUCCAUCCCGUGUCCGACUGUGCCCUCAGCUUCCAAAGGCAUAAAGAAAAGGUCUUCAUUUCGAGACAAGGAAGGUUUCUUCAAGUUUAAAAGCCUGAAGAAAAAUCAACAGGAGACCGAGGAGAGUGGCCAAGUAGAAGAAGAGCAAGAUCCAGGAGAACAGCAAGUACAAAGGCGAGAUCUGACUGGAGAUGACGAGCGAAAUAUCUGGAGAGACACCACACUGACCCACCUGCAGAAGAUUCUAGGUGUGGCAUCUCUUGAUGAAGUGUUGGACCAGCGUUGCAUAAACCCUCAGCACAUCAUCCAUAACAUGACCAAAGUCAACAAGCAUGGCGUGGUCACCCUGGACGACAAGACCGAUGACCUUCCUCAUUGGGUUUUGUCGGCUAUGAAGAGCCUGGCCAACUGGCCAAAGUAUGACAGCGCGCAGUUGUCCUAUCCUGGUUUUGAACGGGAUGUUUUCAAAACGGUGUCGGACUAUUUCUACAGCCUUCCGCGGCCAUUACUCACCUACGAAUUGUAUGAACUGUUUAUCAACGUGCUGGUGUACUGUGGCUACGUUUCACCACCCGCCGCGCACCAACACGGCAAACGCAAGAAGCGUGAUCUUCCCACAGCACCUCCCGCAGCCAAGACGUCAUUCCGCUCCACGGAAUGUCUCCUUCUGUCACUGCUGCGACAUGGAACGUGCGAUGAGACCGAGUCUCCCAUGAGUGAAGUUCUUGGCGGGAAGGUUCAGUUCCAGCUCGCGCCGCCAAGACGAGGCCCCGCCGACGCCGGCCGGUUCGGAGGCAGCUACACGAGCCUGAGCGCUGCCGCCGGCUCCUCCUUCGGGUGCCAAACCAGAAGUUCCUCGCUGGAGACCAUCCUAGAUGACUCCACCCCUCUGAGCAGAAAACCCAUCUUUUUAUCCAAUGACAGCCUGGCGUCGUGCAUUUCCAGCAGCAGGAACCAGGCGAGGGGCUGUCAUUCCGACUCAACGAGAACCACGGUUUCAUCCGUGAUCGCGCCACGCCCACCGAGGGUACACACUUUGCGACCAAGGAGCGCCGGCAGCUGUCUGGACAUCGUUGUGGAGAGUAAUGAAGAAUCUUUUAAGGAGAGCAAGUGGCGCGGCCGAGCCGCCAGCUGCCUGAACGUGAACGCCCCUGAGGAGCGACGUGACUCCCGUCUCGCCACGCCCUCCCUCCCGUUUCCUCACCGCAGCUGGUCUGCAUCUCCCACAACCAAAGCCCAUUUGCCUCACGCUACCUCAGAAGAACCUCAUGAGCCCCGACUGGCUUCCGUUACGUCCAGUCUUUGGACCCUGCCGGCGCCUGUGGUGGUCCGUCGCUGCCUGAGCGCUCUGGAUGUGUCCAGGUUGCCUCGACGCACUUCGCUGUGCAAAGAGUCUGCAUUGUGUGCGCCAACUACCACAACGCAGCCGCCCCAACCAAAAUCUGAGCACAGACUUCUACAGCCUCAGAGCGAGCGUGUGGCCGUCGAGGCGCUGCAGCUCUGCACCCUGCUCCUCCCGCCCGGCUCGCGCCGCAAGUUGCAACUACUCAUGAGGAUGAUGGCUCGCAUCAGCCAGAAUGUGGACAUGCCGCCGCUCCACCCUGCCAUUGGCACCCGUACGCUGGUGGUCCACACGUUUUCAGGCUGCGUCCUGGGCAGCGCUGAUGAGUGUGAUUUGGAUGAGCUCUUAGCGACCAGAUUGGUUUCCUUUUUAAUGGAUCAUCAGCAAAGCGUUCUGUCCGUCCCCGAGUAUCUGCUCGGAGCCAUCAAUGAUCACGUGCAGUAUUUGCGCACGUCACAGGUCCCAGUAGAAGACACGACCAACGACGCCGGCGGCGUGCCGGCCUGCGCGCCGCUGCCGAUGUACACCUUCUGCCGUCAGAUUAGCGGCGCCGAAUUUGAGCAGCAGAAGCUGUCGUGUUCCCAGAAGGCCAUGCAGGACUUACUAGAGAUGUUGGUGAGCGACCAAAACAUAAGAGAGAAGGACAGACGCAAAAGAUUGAAGCAGUUUCAGAAGCAGUAUCCCGACAUCUACGUCCAGCGGUUCCCCUCCACAGAAAAAGCCAGUAAGAGCGAAAGCAAGCCAAAGAUAAAAGCGCCACUGCUCAUUAGGAAGACCAAAACGUUCAGCAUCAGGAGCUAAGCUGUACUCGCACAUCAGUCAGGAUGUGACAUGGCAAACUUGCUAGCACUGUUUUUGUUUUUUGUGACACAGAUGGGAAGAUAUGAAGGCAGGUUGAGGAGUUGUUGAUUUUGCACAGCUUUCUAAUGUUUAACUGUUCACAAACUGCAGGAUAUGUAGACAAGUACGUUUGGGAGUCGGAUUCUAGAUUUAUUCAUUGAAAUUAAUAUUACUAAUACGAGACGCCUUUGCUUGGGAAAACUCUUUGAGGCAAGUAUUAUUAUUAUUAUUUACUAAAUGUUUUAUAAGACUGAUUAAUUACAAAUGUUUAGUUCCUGUGUCCUUUAAAAUUCACAAUUGUGUGUUUUUGUUUUUCCAUUGCAAACCUGGGAAAGGAUUGAAGCUUUUUGUAUCGUUCUAGAUUGUUGGGUCAUGCAAAUGUUUUUUAUGCUAGGUCUAAAAGCUGUAGUUUGAACUGUUGAUACAUUUAGGGCCCCUUGAGGGUUUUAUUAAGCACCUGUUUUCUUUUGGCUCUUUUUAAGCCUGACUUUAAAUUCAAAAUUAAAGUUCCAAUUCCCUGAUCUGUGCUAUUUCCAACCUACUUGAAGUUUUAUUAGACUGUGGUGGCUGUUUGGAAGUCCCAUAGGCACUGUUUAUAAAGCCAUCUACACUUGUAUGUGUUCCUCUCCAACUAUGCAAAUCCCUGGGAAAUAAACACGUUCAGCUGUUA